GAAUUGCAUGAACGUCCAUGCUCCGCCGCAACAUCUGAACAACAAAUUCACGAAGUUAUCAUGAAUUCAUCAUGAUUUCUCUUUUCAAAUUCUCUUUUAGUUAAAAUAAUAUAAUACAAACCUCUGUUUGUCAAUUGGGGUCUCACUCUCAUCUUUACGGUCAUCGAUGGCGACCCAUCUCUCAAUUUUGCUUCUUUUGGUGUUUACAUCUUCUUUCUCGAGCCUUAAUGCAGAAAUCCAUUUCAUAUGCAACCAUUUCACUGCAUUAGCCGGAAGGAACUGAGAACUAAGGAGGUAGACCAAGAAGAUAUCAUACAAUUGAGUCAUCCCGUUCAAUCCAACAGAAUUGACCCAUCAAGAGUUAUCCAACUGUCUUGGCGACCAAGGGUCUUUCUAUAUAAAGGAUUUUUAUCGGAUGAAGAAUGUGACAGCCUCAUUUCUCAGGCACAGGACAAGAAAGGGAGUUCUAGUGAUCCAACAAAGGUUGGUACAAACAAGGAUGAUAUAAUUGCAAGGAUUGAGGAAAGGAUUUCAGCUUGGACUUUUCUUCCCAAAGGUAACAGCAAGACUUUACAGGUUCUGCAUUUUGGGGCUGAAGUGGGCAAACAGAAAUAUGACUACUUUGGUGACAGUUCCACAUUGGUGCGCGGUGAGCCUCUAAUGGCAACUGUUAUUCUGUAUCUUUCGAAUGUCAGUCAGGGUGGUCGGAUCCUCUUCCCCAAGUCAGAGAACAAAAUUUGGUCUGAUUGCGUAAAAAGCAGUAACAUCCUUAACCCCUCAAAAGGGAAUGCAAUUCUAUUCUUCAAUCUCCGACCCAAUGCGUCUCCUGACAUGACUAGCUCCCAUGCCAGAUGCCCUGUCCUUGAGGGGGAAAUGUGGUUUGCCACCAAAUUCUUCCAUGUGAGAGCCAUUCCCGGGGAGGAGGUCCUACUCAAAUCAGACAACAGCGAGUGCACUGACGAAGAUGAAAGAUGUCCCCAGUGGGCUUCGCUUGGAGAGUGUCAAAGGAAUCCAGUUUUCAUGAUUGGUUCUCCUGAUUAUUAUGGGACGUGUAAAAAGAGUUGUAACGCAUGCUGAUGGGUAACCUUAAUAUUUCCCCAACUUUCUUCUAUAUUUCUUAUUUUUUUUCUCCCUUCUUUAGGAAGAGGAAAGUGUAGCUAUCAUAAUUACUGGUCAUUCAUUCUAUACUUAGCUGAGUUUUUAUU